UCGGGGGUCAGUUGUGUAGCUUAUGCAGGGUUUGGAACGAGGGAGCUUCGUGAACACGGGCGGCUGCUUCCGUGACCCGGUGGCGUUCCUCAAGAGAAAAAGAAAUUGGGAUAUAGAAUACCCAUGCUUUCCAAGAGAGAGUCCACUGAAGUUCAAAAGUUCAGGUCUCAGGACAGCAGGGGCAGCUGCUUCCCUCUCUGAAGCAUGGCUCAGGUGUGGAGAAGGGUUUCAGGACACUUCUGGGACUCAGUCAUUAACAGCUGAAGAGAAGAUUGUUACAGAAAAACACCUCGAAUUAUCCCCUAGAUCCAAGAAAGAAGCUACUGCAUCUAAGAGUACCAGUGGACUGAUAGAUAUAACAUGGAGUUCCAGUGGAAGUGAUCUGUCAGAUGAGGAUAAAACAUGUCUUAAAUCACAGAGAGAUAACGGACAUGGUUCUAGAAUAGACAGGCUUUGUAACAGGAAGAGGAAUAUUUUAUGUUCAGAAGAUGGGGCCAGUGAAGAUGAACUACAGUUUAUUGACUGGGAGAUUGACAGUGACAGGGAAGAUGCUAGUGAGUAUUAUGAAUUUGAAGACAGUGAGAGUGUUGGGGAAAUAUCAGACUGUGCUUCUUGUUCAAGCAAUCAUUCUUCGACUAGUCAAGAGAGGCUCUCUGAGCUUCUGAAGAAUUCUACAGAAAUUUUGGAAUACUCAUCAGAUAGUGAAAAAGAGGAUGACUCAGAGAAUGUCUUCUUUAUUGAUUCAGAAUCCUCUCCCAAACAACAUGCAGAUUUUGGAUCUGAUAAUAGACAGAUGAUGGAGAAACCAGUGAAGCGGAGGGUGAAAUCUGCAGAGACCAUUUUGUACGCACCCCAGAAACAGAAGUUUCCCAGGACUCCAGAAACAUUGGCAAAGAAGAAGAAGCUUCUAAGAGGCGGGCUAGCAGAAAGACUAAAUGGACUGCAGAAUCGAGAGAGAUCUGCCAUUUCUUUGUGGAGACAUCAGUGUGUUUUUUACCAAAAGACACUUUCAGGUAGAAGAUCUGGUGUGUUAAUUGUAAAAAUUCUGGAGCUGCAUGAGGAAUGCGCCAUCCAAGUUGCCAUGUGUGAGCAUUUAGCAGGGCUGCAGGCCAACAGCUCUUCUCAAGGUGAGGCCCCCAGGACUAUCCUAAAGGUUCUGUUCACCAAGGAAAUUGCUCACCACCUCAAGGGACAUCCCCAAGACAUCAUCCUUAUCUACCCUCCCUGGCAGAAGCUUAUUAUCCCAAAUGGAAGUUGCCCUGUUAUUCUGAAUACUUAUUUUUGUCAGAAAGUUGUUGCCAAAGAAAAUUCAAAACUAAUACCUGAAGUGUACUGUUGGAACACACCUCUUCCAAGAAGAAGUAUCACUUUGGCUCAGAUAUUUAAAUUUAGGAAUCUAACAAAUAAAUCACCUGAAAGCCAGGUUAUGUGUAGUGGUCUCCCUGCCAUGAGGACAGACUGCACCCCUGGACACGAGGAGGCCAAACAGUGCUUCCCAGCCCAAGCUCCCCUGAGGGAUUCUCUUCUGGAUGCAGUGGAAAGCCAGGGAGCUGCCACAUGGUCAGGAGUCAGGGUCCGAGUGGUGGUACAGAGAGUUUACUCUCUUCCCUGUACCUAUCAGCAGGGAAGUAGCUCAGCUGCUCCACCUGGCUCAGGCCCACCCAGAGUUCGAGUGUGCCUUCUCGUGCAAGAUGCCUAUGGAAUGUUCAGUGAAGUCUACUCUGAGGGCUCCAUCUUAAAGGACCAACAGUUGGAAGGGAAGUCCUGCAGCCUGAUGGGAAUGAAGGUUCUACAGAAGGCCACCAGAGGAAGGACAGCGGGGCUUUUCAGUUUGAUCGAUACCAUGUGGCCCCCAGUGAUGCCUCUAAAAGCACCUGGCCGUGGCCAAACCUGUGAAGAGGUAAAAACCCAUGUGCCUCCUCCUAGCUUCUGUUACAUCCUCAGUGCUCAUCCCAAUGUGGGACAAAUUGAUAUAAUUGAAGGAGACCCUAUUUCUAAGCUUUACCAGCCUCCAGUUCCCCACUUCUUAAGAGAAAUUCUCCAGACUGAUGAUCUUAGUACCCGUUGCAGUUUCUACGCCAGAGUGAUUUAUCAGAGACCACAGCAAAUGGAGAUUUGGCUGAUGGUGACUGAUGUCACCCUACAAAUGCAAGAUGAGAAUAACUCUGGCCUCCCCAAAACCGUGCCAGUGUGUGUGGCUCCCUCAUGUGUGCUGAGCCAGGAAGUCCGGGAAGCGCUUACCGAGGCUGCCCCUCACUGCUUUCUCUUCAGGGACGCUCUCCGAACCCAGGGUCGAUUUGUUUGUGUUGAACGAAGUGUCCUCCUGCUUCAGAAGCCCCUUCUGGGUGUGGACUCUGGCGCUCACUCCUGUGAACUGACUGGCCCCGUAAAGCUCAGUGAACUGGAUUCUAUCACUCAGGUCAACUCUAUUUGCUGCCUUCAAGGCACUGUGGUUGGCGUGGACGAGAGCACUGCCUUCUCAUGGCCCACGUGCGACCUGUGCGGCAACGAGAGACUGGACCAGAGCCCGGGAGACAGAGGCGCCUUCUGCUGUGGGGACUGCUCCCGUGUGGUCACCUCUCCUGUCCUCAGAAGGCACCUGCAGGUGUUUCUGGACUGUCCGACUCGGCCCCAGUGCGCCGUGCGGGUCAAGCUGUCCCAGACCAGCAUUGCUUCACUCCUGAGCUUGGCCGCCUGCGAAGAUGGGAGUUACGAAGUGAAGAGUGUCCUCGGGAAGGAGGUGGGGCUGUUGAACUGUUUUGUCCAGUCCAUCACCACCCACCCGGCUAGCUGCGUUGGAUUGGAGGAAAUCGAGCUCCUGAGUACAGGAAGAGCCUCUUCGGGACACUGCCCGCGGCCAUAGGAUCUAUGAACUUUGCCAUACAGUCGCCCUGGCGGUGGAGGUGGUAGUGGCUUAGGUAGUUAUUUGUUAACUGUGGGCAGAGCAAGUGUAUUGUAUGCUUUUGAAAUGGAACUCAGUGAUUUCUGGGGCAUAUGUUAGUAAACUAUACAUCAAAAUACUUUUUUUCUAGUUAUAUUUUUGUCAUUUUGCAAAAUUAAGAACAUGUUAUUAAAACUGAAAUAAACCUGAGGUCAUCAUUUUGGAUUUCGUCUCAGGCAG